UGGUGACGCGGCCUGGCCGGCUCUCAGCUGCUCAUCCCCGGGCUCAGGUGGCGCCGGUACAGCCAGGCCCAACCCCGGGCUCUCCUCUCCUACAGCACCGGGGACAUGUUCUCCGCCAGCUCGCUGUCAGCCCGGGUCACCGGUGACCGGAGGAAGUUUCUUACCGUGUUUGAAGCGUGUGAUGAGGGCAGGAAAGGUUAUCUCAGCAGGGAGGACUUCAAGGUGGCUGUGGUGAUGCUGUUCGGGUAUAAACCUUCCAAGCUGGAGGUGGAUUCCACGUUACCCUCUCUGUCUGAGUCUGCAGGUGUGAGACGGGAUGAGUUUGUGAAGCUGAUGAGUAAGAAGCAGAGCGCUCAGUUAAGCUUUGGGGAUCAGAGACAGAUAUUUUCGGUGUUUGACACUCACUGUCGGGGAUUUUUGAACGUGGACGAUUUUAAGCGUGCAUUCCAUAGGGUAGCACCGCAGUUACCUGAACACACCGUGCUUGAGGCUUUCAGACACCAAGAAGAACAUAAACUACAGAAAGUACAAUAUGACUGUAGACAAGUCGCAGAACAGAAUAUCCAUCCAAUACAAAACUCUGUAGAAGCGCGUUGGUGUACGUGGAUAACUCGUCAAUAACCACAUAUUUCUAAGUGGGAUGGAGAGAGAUACAAUACACAAUAGGAUACCAAUCAGGAAACAGAAAACAAUCAAAAACAGUCAAUAAGCAGCAGUAAUAAUACAAACGCAAAAAGAGAGAGGGACAUACAAUAAAAUAAAACCACGUACAUACUGUAGUCAGAGUGACGACCAGGGAAAAGCAAUCUAUACUAGAAAUCACAUUCUAUCUAGAUCACGCCUUUCACGAUGUCUCAUCAGUAUCUCCGACCAUCCAUACAAAGAUAUUUUUACACAAGUCUGGCGAGGCCAAAAUGGUCAACGAGAAUAUAAUCUCCAGACGUUAAUUGCACCGUUCUGUAAAGGAACCAAUCCGUGUUUUCAAAGAUU